AUGGCCGAGGCCCCGUUGACUCCUAAGAGUCCUCCAACGGCCGACGCUCCAGCCACUCCGGAGACCCAGCCUACGGCCAAGGCCCCAUUGACUCCCAAGCCUCCGCCGCUUGGUAAGGCUCCAUUGACUCCCAAGCCUACACCAAUGGGUAAGGCUCCAUUAGCCCCGAAGACUCCUCCUACGGCCAAGGUCCCAUUGACUCCCAAGAGUCCUCCAACGGCCGGCGCUCCAGCCACUCCGAAGACUCCACCUACGGCCAAGACUCCGUUGACCCCCAAGCUUCCGCCGCUUGGUAAAGCUCCAUUGACAUCGAAGACUCCUUCUGCGACUGAAACUCUAGCUUCCGCUGAACCCGGAUCCCCCAGCCCCGCAGUGAAGCCUGUACCGCCGGCGAAGGCGCUAGCACCUGUGAAGCCAGUGCCGAAGGCCUUGCCCCCACCUAAAGGUUUGCCGUUGAAAACCCCUCAGGCGAAUGCAGGGGCGACUGGCGCCGCUGAAGAGCAGACAGCUGAGGCGAUGGAGGCACUAGCCCGGGAUCACUCGAAGCCGAGUGAACCACAUGGAGGCACGUCUCCGGCUAAGACAUCUAGCGGGAUUUCCGCGGCAGGUAAGCCGGAUCAGGCUGAGUCCCAAGAGCCAAAUAAAUUAGGAGCGGUCGGAGAGAAUGAAUCGGCUGCCUCUCCAUCCCCAGCCAAGGCCUUGCCCCCUACAAAGGCGUUGCCUCCGCCUAAAGCACUUCCGACAAAAGCGCUCCCGCUAAAGACACUCCCGACAAAGGCGCAGCCGCCGGCGAAGGCCUUGCCUCCGGCUAAGACACCUAGCGGGGUUUCGCCGGCAAGUAAACCAGAUCAGGCCGAGCCAGACGAAUUGGGAGCGGCCGGAGAGAAUGAGUUGGCUGGCGCUUCGUCCCCAGCCAAGGCCUUGCCCCCCACAAAGGCGUUGCCUCCGCCAAAGGCGCUUCCGACAAAGGCGCUGCCGCUGAAGACCCUCCCGACAAAGACACUGCCGCCGGCGAAGGGCGUGCCGCCGCUGGCGAAGGAGGGAGCAAAGGAGCCGGAGUCUCCGUUGCCGGUGACGGGCGGCGACAUCCAGGCUGUGAAGGUGGAUCUGACAAGAGAGAAGCCGAUGCCUCCCCGAGCGUUGCCGGAGCUCAGCACAGACGAGAUCAACAAGCCCGCUCUGGACGAGCAAGACAAGCGGACGCAGGAAAAGCGGAUGGAGGCCGCGAAGGCGGGAACGAACGCGUUGUUGAAGAAGAUGGCGGUGGAAGGCUUGGCGGCGGCUGGCUCCAGCGAGAACGUGGUUGCCAAGGUGGCCCCCUCUGCCGCGCCGCCUGCCCCCAUGACCAAGGGGAUUCCUCCGACGAGACCUCCGCCGAUGAAGAUGGCUCCGUUAAAGGCGCCACCUGCAAAAGAGCCGAAUACGAGCUCUUCCAGUUCCGAAAUCACCGCAGCGGAGUUGAGGGCCAGGCUAGGACUAACUCAGACUUCGCCCAAGAGCGUAGCCGCGGAGACAAGCGCAGUCGCGGGCACAAGUGCAGAGCAAACGCGCCGGGAGACUUUGCAGCGGAUACUGCGGGACUCUUCAGCAGAUGAGGAUAGCAUGCUGGGCAAGGUGAGAGAUCUGGCUUUGGACCCGGCGGUAGGUUCCGACGAGUUCAAGGACCUAAUGAGGGAAGUCAAUGCCGCCGGCACCAUCGGGAAAGACAAAGUAUCCGACUUGGUGAAGCAGAGACUUCAUCCCGAAACGGAAGGCGCCUCUCCGCCGGCACCCGCGUCCUUAAGCGCGGCCGAACUGCUGGACGCUGCCCGGAAGUGGUUCUAA